AUGAAUAAACAUUGUGAAGAGAUUUUUCUCUUAAUUGAGGCUGAACGUUUUAAGCAAGCGCGUACUAAUGUUGGAAAGCUAUUAUCUCAGCUACCAUCGUCUACAUACUUGAAAAUUUUGGACCAGUAUGUGAAGUUCAGGCAAUCUCCUGGGAAGUAUAGUUAUGAGAAUAAUUUGGCACCGUUGCUGGAAAUGACUGCGACUAAGGCUAAUGAUGCUAGUUCUUUGGAAUUACUGCAUAACUUUUUAGUUGAAUUGAAAAGCCCAGUCUCACCUCUAAUUCCAUAUGAGCGUGCUAUAACUAAAUAUCCUAGUUCAGAUUUAUGCUAUUUGUGGUUUGAACGGUCAUUGGCGGAUUUAGAUUUUGAGUAUAUGAAUAGGUCUUCGUUCCAACUUCCACGUUAUGUUUCGGACUCCAGAGGUGUUAAAAUCUGGAAUGCUGUUGUUGCUUUGUCUUGGUUUAAAACAGAUCCUGAUGCAUUCAAAAAUAAAGACAGGCAUUUAUAUUUGCAACUUUCUUAUCAGCUUUUGAGCAAUCUGAAGCCUCCUAUAAAUGAACAGGAAGUAGUUAUAUUCUCUCAGCUGUGCGAACUCUUAGGAGAACAACAUUCUGCUGAAAUUGUGGAAGAGAUUUUUAAGUUUAUGGAUAAAGACAGGGGAUCUUUAGAUCUCUAUGUAAAGGAUUUACUUGUCAGAAAUCUGAAAUUGCUUGGAAAAUACGAUCAAUUGUUCGAUACAUGUGUACGACUGUUGAAGCAAUUUGAUGAUAUUUUGCUACUAAAACAUCUUAUUUAUGCCGGUUUCAAAUUGAACAAACCUAUGAAUGAGAUUUCUGGUUUAUUUACUAAUACGAGAAAUGGGUCUCUUGCUUACCUGGAACUUUCAGUGGUUUACGAGGGUAAAGUUUCUGAUUCUGCGUUAAGACACUACCUAAGCAGAUUUCAUGAUAAACCCUGUUGUCCUGUUGAUAUAUCACAUUACAUGAAAUACAUAAAUCAAGAUAUGCUUACUUCCAUAUUUGCUGAAAAUAAGUCCGGACUUCAGCAUGAUGCAAACUUGGUUAAAAUUUUGGGACCAACUUAUGCAAACCAAUGUAUGGAACUAUUCAUAAAAUAUCAAUCUACUUUGAGGGCCAAACCAGACACUGACUAUUCGAGCUGCUCAUUUCUUGUACUACAGGUUGUAAAUGAUUUGCUUGAUCCAAAACUUAUGACUUUAUCCAAGGUUCUGACUGCUGUUUCUAUAUUAGAAUCAUAUCAAUCUGAAGACCCCUUUAAUUAUGAUACCAGAAUAUGGCUGAUAGUCCUCUACCAGUACUUAGGCAUUGCUCCUUUAGCACACAAACACUAUAUGGCGCUGAACAUUAAAAAUAUUCAAGUUGAUGUAGUAGACCACAUUAUUUACACCAGGUACUCUACGUUAUAUCCUAACAAGAACCAUGAUUAUCUGAGAAAGAAACUUUCUGGUAGUGAAUCUGCAGUUUAUCAGUCAUUACACGGUAUCCCAGAUAUGAUUAAAGUUGCUUUCGUUAAAGGUUCCUUCACGAAAAUACCGGGAAUGAUUUCGUUAUAUGACCAGCUGCGGCGCUCUUUAAUGAGGUGGAUGAAUAUUGCUGAAUCUCAUAAAGUUUUGCGUUUAUUUAAUGACAAAAAAAGUUCUCAUUUGAAAACUUUACAUAAAGAACUGCUGAAGCUUGGCGACGGUAAAUUCGGCGAUUGGGCUGAUAAUCGAGAUUUUAGUCUCGUAACAAACUUUGUGGGUAAUGUUGAGAGCAAGAAUGAUGUUAUUACCGAAUACAUGAAUAUUAAUAACGACUAUGUUACUUCCCAAAUAUGCCAAACGCUAAUGUUAGAGUGUAUUACUGUUGGUGGUCGUAACACUUUAGUUGACAGGAUCUUAUCAAAAACAACCCUGAACAUGGAAACGCAUACAGUAUAUGAAAAAUGGGCGUACGAUAUUAUUUGUGAAAUCUAUUCCCAUAUGGAAGAAGUUAGAGUAAAAGAGAUUACUGAUAUGCUUGAUGGAAUGCCAUCGUUUUCAAAUGAACGUAAUUGGAAACUUGUUCAUGGGUAUCUGACACAUUUAAUGACAUUGAAGACUUUGGACUCAUUAAAGAAAGUCAAGGAUCAAUCCUUGAAAAGCUUGAUAAAGAAAAAGUUGCAAUAUCUACGAUCACAAUCGAAGAGCUAUUUUGAAGCUUAUAUAUCUGACCUAAAAGAAGCUGAAGUUGAUCAGGAGCUACUAUCUAAGUUUUCUUACAAAACUGUCGUGCCACAUAUUAUCGAUACCGUAACAGAUAUUGCAAAAAUAGUUAGCAAUCUUUAA